UAAACAAAAGAAAAAAGCGUGCUAUUUUUCAGAACGUUUUUUUUUUUACAAAAGCAGUCUUGUUUUCAUAGUUAUUUGUACCGCUCUUAAAAAGCUCAUUCAGCGAUUAACAUUCAUAGCGCGUGCACGUAAAAGAUGUAAAUGUUUAUUUUAAAAGUUCAAAAUAAGGUGAAGAAAAAAUAAGUUUUUUAUCAUUUUUAUAUACUAAUAUAGAAGAAAUAUAUAGCUAAAUAGUGAAUUUAAUUAAAAUGGAAAACGAUAAAGAAAAUGUGGAAAAAAACAGCAAUGUUUCGAACAUGGUAAAAGUUCCUUCUCAAUCGAGACAGACAGAGACAGAUCAGAAUGAAAUUGAGACGGGGGUAACAGCGUUAAACACAACUACAGGAAAAAGUAAAGGCAAGCCAGGAAGAAAAAGAAAAAUAAUGGGAGUUAAGGACGAGGAUGUUAUUGACGAUUUUUUAAUCGUAUCUUAUUCCACUUUAGGUGACCUAGAGGCUGAUGGCCCCACUCGACCAGAGAAUUCGUUCCUCGCAAGCAGAGCAAGUAGCGAAAGAGUGACGUCAUUACGACGAAAUUAUUCCAGUAAAAGUUCCAAGAAAAAGCAGAACGAGAAGAAGAAGAAAGAGAAGGAAGAUGACGAAGAAUGGACUUUAAAACCGAAGAAGAAAUUAAAGAGAAAAAAGUACGAUGGGGACUCUAACUACGCGCCAGACACAUCGAAAGAACAUUCAUUGACGCCGCAUGACGCACUUGAUAACGCGGAAUCACCAAAUACGAGCAUUAAUGUGAAGUAUUUAGAGGAUCGGAAAGAAAAUGUCUCACCGCUACCCGUUAAAGUGAAGACGAAAGAAGAAAGUGAAGAGGAUGUGAAUUUAGAAGAUAAAAUAGAACGAGAUAGUGUUACUCCACUCCGACACUCCGACGAAAUCGUUAAGCAUGAAUCAAACUUUUCCAAACCGGAUGAAAAGACAACAGAAUUAGGGUUGACCGGUCCGUAUAACCUACCAUCACACAUUCAACUGCUACACAGUAAAGAUAUUAGAGAACCGGUCAUGCACAAAUCUCUCGGCUUAAGACUCGAUAACUCGAACUUACGGCUUGAUAAGUCAUCUCCAAUGAGAUAUGACGAUACAGUCGGUAUGAAACUCGACACACCUGCAAAUAUGAGACUCAGUAAACCAGUUACUUCAUCAGAAAUGCUCCAAAAGGUCUCCGCCAGCCCAGAUGGAGAUUCUCGUAUUCCGAUAAGAGAUGGGACGAGCAAACACGUCAUUGUAAAAGAUUCAGAGUAUAAAGCCGACGUUGACGGCAAACAUAGACACGUCGAGAAGCGUCACGAGACGAUCACCAUAGAAACUAACAGCGCGUCAAAGGAGCGAGAAUCGCGACAUGUGCACCAACACCAGCAUCAGCAUCAACAUCAACAUCAACAUUUUCAUCCCCCUUACCCUGGUCAACCGUUGCCACCGCAUAUGUAUUAUCCUGGCAUGGCCGUUCCACCUUUUAUAAUACCCGGUCCACACAUGCAUCAUCAACCAUCUUCCACGCUUGUUGUUAAGCCACCUAUUAUUCGUGCCAAAAAAUCCAGAGCAUCGAUGCACGUACAAAUAGCUCAUUUUAUCCAAACUCAACAAAAGACUGAGAAAGUUGGAUUUCAAAAGCCUUCACCCGAUCAUCGUCCACAUCGCAGUGGCUUUCAAGCGUUUCAAGGGGCCGGCUCAUCAUCGCUUCAUGCGACGCGACCUUCUUCCUUUCAACAACCGAAAUUUGAGAGCGAAUUAUACUCAAGCCAUCGCAAACUACUGCCUUCCAUGCAUCACUCCGAUUUGAUCAAUCCGGUGCAUCAUAGAACAGCUGUCAACCCACACCCAAAUGCGUUACUUCCGAAAGAAAAAGAAACAUAUUUCGGUGAUAUUCUACAUUCAUCACAUUACCGUUCUGGUGCACCGAAUUUAGAACGACUUCUGCCGACAGCUGACGAGCGUAAUAUUCGUUCACAUGUCGGUGGUCAUCAUGUGACACCAGACUAUGACUCAUCAUAUGGUAGCCUAGGAACUUAUCGCGAACAUUUAUUAAAGUCUGUAGCUGGUUUGCCAUCGCCAAAGUCAAAAUCUUACACUAGACCACCUCCCAUAGGACAUGACGAAAAAGCUCGUAUUUUAAGCGAUAAUAUUCGUCGUGCUGAAUUUGUCGAAUCGCCUGACAGACGCCGUAUGCCAGCAAGUUUAUAUCAACGUGAUUUGAUGUCAUUUGACAAUCCUUUACAUUUACACAUGCGAGAACGGCCAGCUACGCUUUAUCGCGAGCAUGUUCCGCCGUCAUCACCACCUCGAGGUCGACUUUCACCGAGAGAAGCGGCGCAUCAAACGUUACUGCGGACCAUUGAAUCGCCUUAUGAAAAAACAUACUUUGACAUGGACAAAAGUAGCCGAGUGUCACCGAGACAUGAGUAUCGUGUAAACCGCUCUUCCUUCGCUACGGCCAGUGGAUUCGGUAUUAAUAAUUCACGCUACACUCCUGCUCAAAGGUAACAUUGCGUUGCAAACACACUCCAUCAUGGGUAUCAUAAAUAAUACCAGAGCAAUCUGCUGCAGUAAAGAACAAGGUAAUUCGUAUCAGACGGAGGGCGUAUUUUGACAACGUUUUCGUUUACCUGAAUUGAUGACAAUGUUACUUCAAAAAGACUGAUUUUGUGAUAUUUUAGAAGACACACAGUGGUUGCAUCUUAUAUCCUCAUAAUUCGCAUGAAAGUUUUUUCCAUCAUUUUGUAUAUUAAAUGGUCUGAGUUUUAGUUUUUUGAUGUAAAUUUAAGGAUGUAAAUUAUUUUGACAGCUACUAAUAUGAUAUUUUUAUGUUAUUUUUAUUUCAUGCAAAUAAACCACGAACAUGAA